GUGUGCCUUGCACUGCUAGAGGAAACAGAGAUCACCAUCGAAACCCCUUCCCGCUACCGACGAGCCGACUCCACUCUCCGCACCGAUUCAGCAGUCCGGGGAGAAAGCAGCCAGGCAGCUCAGCAGCAGCAGCAGCAACAGCAGGAACAACAGCAAGGGGGCGUGCAACAGGCACGGCCCCAGACCCCGUCUCCGCAGCAAGCAGAGCGUCAGCGGCGGCAGCAGGAGCGGGAUGAGCCAGGGGUGAGGUUGCAGCAGGAGCAGCUGCAACUGCAGCACCAGCACCAGCAGCAGCUGCAGCAGCUGUUGUUUCAGCAGCAGCAGCAGCUGCAGCUACAGCAGCAGCAGAUGCAGCAGCAGCUGCUGAUGUUGCAUCAACUCAUCCUCCCAUCUCAGCAGCAGCAACAGCAGCAGCAGGGGCAGGCAGGGGGGCAAGACCAAACACCUGAGCAAACACCUUUGUGGGAAAUCCAACCCCAGGUUCAACAAGUGUCUCCCACACCAGGGCUGACCCUCUCGCCGCACCUAUCAGCUAGCUUCGUCAAUCUCGCCGAAGCUGCUCGGAGAGCGAGCAGCUCAAACUCUGAAGGGGCUUUAAGUACCGUUGGAGAGGACAUUCAAUCUGUGUCAGGGGAAUCGGAGGAGAGCCUGCAUGCCAAGAGGAAGAAGAAGCAGAGUGCAUCGACUGCUGCGGCGGAUGCGGCUGAGGCUGCUGAAGAUGCUGCGUUCUUCGAAGGGAGAAUGAGCAGCGGGACGACUGUGGGUGACUUUGCAAGCAGCUUGUCUCCGUUUUUGGAGACCGAGGGGACCUUUCAAGGACUUGAUUGAUCUGCUUGCAUAACUAUACUAACUAACUGCACUGCACUCGUGGACCAAUGGGACGGAAUUCAUGUACUGUGAUUGUAUUGCAGUGUUCUUCCUUCCAUCCCAUAAUGCAUCUUUGAUGGUUACAGUAGGACCACUCAGCUCGGCGUGUCUGUGUGUGUUCUUCCUUUCCCUUCCCCGCCCUCAUGGUCGGACACAGCAACCAAGAAAGCUACAAGUGACCACGUCUCUUACGAUUGGAGCAAAAGGGGUUGAGCUAUUUCUUGAGUUCGCAAAGAUGCUUACAAGACCAAGCGCGUCUAACGGGCAUGUUCCAUCAACAGGACAAUACUCCCCACAUCUACGGAUAUUGGCACUAUGUGGGCGCAUUCGGAAGCCUCAAAUCACACAAAUUUGGCAGGAAAAGCAUGUUGAUUACGUGCACUUAUGCCAAUUCCCACCCGCCCCUUUAGAUCACGCUAGUACCUUUUGAU